AUGCUUAAUAGUACUUUUGGCUUUCGGCUGGAGCGGCUUGGUUUGGUGAUGGAAGAUUCCGCUGCUCAAGAGCUGUGCUGUGUCCCAUCAAGAAUUUCCAAAGAUGAAGAGCAGGAAGAGAUUGCUGGUGAUCUCAAAGGAUCAGUGAGACAGGAAGAGCAAAAGGCAGAGAUUAGGAGGAAUCUGUCUGACUUCCAGGCAGAAGAUCCUUGUCAAAACCUAAUCCAGAAACAGGAGAAAAAGAACAAAAAUCCUUCAGGUAGAAGGACAUUGAUUUCUAAAUUCAAACUCGACUUGCACCACAGAAUUUAUACAGAGGAGAAACUCUAUCAAUGUUCAGCAUGGACCAAGAGCUCAAACUUUGUUUCACAUCAAGAAAUCCAUCCAAGUGAGACAUCAGAUAAUUGCUUGGAACAUGGAAAGAACUUUCUUCAGACAGGUGAUCUUUUGCCUUAUCAAAGAAUUUACGGAGAAGAGAAAUUAUUUAAAUGUUCAGAGUGCGGAAGGCAGUUCAAUCAGAGUGUCUCUCUGGCCCGACAUCAGCAAUUACACACGGAAGAAAGACCAUACCGAUGCUUGGAGUGUGGAAAGAGUUUCGGUAGGAACACUUCCCUUAUUUCACAUAGGAGAAUUCACACUCGGGAAAAACUGUACAAGUGCUCUGAGUGCGGAAAGAGCUUUAGCCACACCGCGCUCUUAAGUCGGCAUAAAAAAAUCCACUCGGGAGAGAAGCCGUACUUGUGCUCGGAAUGUCCCAAGACGUUCAACACGAGCGCCGGUCUUGUUUCUCAUAAGAGAAUUCACACGGGGGAAAAACCGUACGUGUGUUUUGAGUGUGGAAAAUGCUUUCGGCAGAGGACGCACCUUACGACCCAUCGAAGGACCCACACUGGGGAGAAGCCAUACAAAUGCUUUGAGUGCGGAAGGAGUUUCAGUCAGAGUUCGCACCUUACUUUGCACCAACGUACUCACACUGGAGAGAAACCUUACCGGUGCUUUAUGUGCGAGAAGACUUUUAGCAAUAGAACCUACCUUAAUUGCCACGAAAGGACCCACACAGGGGAGAAACCCUACAAAUGCCUGGAGUGUGGAAAGAGCUUCAGCCAGAGCACAAGCCUUAGCAGCCAUAAAAAGAUUCACCGGGGGAGCGUCUCCCCAGAAAACAAACCAUAUAAAUGCACGGAGUGUGGAAAAAGCUUUAGCCACUCCAGUUCCCUCACUUCCCACAAGAGGAUCCACACGGGGGAGAAGCCAUACAAAUGCCCGGAGUGCGGAAAAAGCUUUCGACGCAAUACCGACCUUACCUCUCACAAAAGGGUCCACACCGGCGAGAAACCCUUCAAAUGUACGGAGUGCGGGAAGGGCUUCACCAUGAGCAGCAACCUGACGUUGCACAAACGGAUCCAUACUGGGGAGAAACCCUUUCAAUGCGUGGAGUGUGGAAAGAGCUUCAUUCAAAGGGGUCACCUCACUUGCCACAUGCGGAUCCACACUGGGGAGAAGCCAUAUAUGUGCGUGGAGUGUGGAAAAACUUUCAGGUGGAGCAGCCACCUGCCUAACCACAUGAGGAUCCACACGGGGGAGAAACCGUAUAAGUGCGUGGACUGCGGAAGGUGCUUCAGAGACCGUAGUGCCUUUCAGGCUCACCGGAGGAUCCACACGGGGGAGAAAUCUUUAAAGUGCACGGAAUGCGGGAAGACUUUCCGGGGCAGCACGGAUCUCACGAUCCAUAAAAGGAUCCACACCGGGGAGAAACCCUACAAAUGCCUGGAGUGUGGGAAGAGCUUCAUUCGAAGCAGUCACCUGUCCUCCCAUAAAAACAUCCACCCGGGAGAGAAGCCGUUUAAAUGUCUGGAGUGCGGAAAGAGCUUCACUCAAAGCUGUUACCUCACCUACCAUCAAAGGAUCCACACGGGAGAAAAACCCUACAAAUGUCUGGAGUGCGGGAAGGGCUUCAGCAGGAGCAGUCACCUUUCUUACCAUAGAAACAUCCACCACGGAGAGAAAGGCUAUAAAUGUCUGGAGUGUGGGAAAAGCUUCACUCAGAGCUGUUACCUUCUGUCCCAUAAAAGUAUCCACAUCAGGGAAAGCCCAUAAAAAUACUAGGAGUGUUCUGCAUCUUCUUGUCCUUACAUUAUUUUUGUAAGCUGACUUGAGUGUU